AUGGGAGCUGCUGUGGUUUUGGAACGACUCCAGCUCUCCUGCGUUUUAAAAAUAUUAGUCCGAGGGAGCAGAGGAAAGCAGAAGCCCGGGAGCAGAACACGUGGAACCUGCCGCCUCACGUCACAACACGUGGAACCUGCCGCCUCACGUCAGAACACGUGGAACCUGCCGCCUCACGUCAGAACACGUGGAACCUGCCGCCUCACGUCAGAACACGUGGAACUUGCCGCCUCACGUCACAACACGUGGAACCUGCCGCCUCACGUCACAACACGUGGAACCUGCCGCCUCACGUCACAACACGUGGAACCUGCCGCCUCACGUCAGAACACGUGGAACCUGCCGCCUCACGUCAGAACACGUGGAACCUGCCGCCUCACGUCAGAACACGUGGAACCUGCCGCCUCACGUCACAACACGUGGAACCUGCCGCCUCACGUCACAACACGUGGAACCUGCCGCCUCACGUCAGAACACCUGGAACCUGCCGCCUCACGUCACAACACGUGGAACCUGCCGCCUCACGUCACAACACGUGGAACCUGCCGCCUCACGUCACAACACGUGGAACCUGCCGCCUCACGUCACAACACGUGGAACCUGCCGCCUCACGUCACAACACGUGGAACCUGCCGCCUCACGUCAGAACACGUGGAACCUGCCGCCUCACGUCAGAACACGUGGAACCUGCCGCCUCACGUCAGAACACGUGGAACCUGCCGCCUCACGUCACAACACGUGGAACCUGCCGCCUCACGUCACAACACGUGGAACCUGCCGCCUCACGUCACAACACGUGGAACCUGCCGCCUCACGUCAGAACACGUGGAACCUGCCGCCUCACGUCACAACACGUGGAACCUGCCGCCUCACGUCACAACACGUGGAACCUGCCGCCUCACGUCACAACACCUGGAACCUGCCGCCUCACGUCACAACACCUGGAACCUGCCGCCUCACGUCACAACACGUGGAACCUGCCGCCUCACGUCACAACACCUGGAACCUGCCGCCUCACGUCACAACACCUGGAACCUGCCGCCUCACGUCACAACACGUGGAACCUGCCGCCUCACGUCACAACACGUGGAACCUGCCGCCUCACGUCACAACACGUGGAACCUGCCGCCUCACGUCAGAACACGUGGAACCUGCCGCCUCACGUCAGAACACCUGGAACCUGCCGCCUCACGUCACAACACGUGGAACCUGCCGCCUCACGUCACAACACGUGGAACCUGCCGCCUCACGUCAGAACACGUGGAACCUGCCGCCUCACGUCACAACACGUGGAACCUGCCGCCUCACGUCACAACACGUGGAACCUGCCGCCUCACGUCACAACACGUGGAACCUGCCGCCUCACGUCACAACACGUGGAACCUGCCGCCUCACGUCAGAACACGUGGAACCUGCCGCCUCACGUCACAACACGUGGAACCUGCCGCCUCACGUCACAACACGUGGAACCUGCCGCCUCACGUCACAACACGUGGAACCUGCCGCCUCACGUCACAACACGUGGAACCUGCCGCCUCACGUCACAACACGUGGAACCUGCCGCCUCACGUCACAACAUAUGGGCUUUGCAUUAGCCACGGAAACACAGGCUGCACUGUCACGGCCACAGGUCGCAGUAGAGACGACGGCACGGCUUUGGUCAAAGGCCAACAUCGAUUUACCUGA